AUGUCUCUGUCGGCUCUACCAGAAUGGAAGCAGAUGCUCUUGGAGCGAAAGAGAAAAGAGGAGGAGGAGAGAGAAAGAAGAGAACGUGAGGAAGAAGAGAGGCUGGCCAGCAUGCCGGCCUGGAAAAGAGAGAUCAUACAGAGAAGAAAAGAAAAAGAGAGAGAGAGAGACAUACAGCGUAUUCCUGAUGUGUUGGCCAGCACUGAGGACAUCAUUACAGAACAUCUCCCGAAGGUUAAAAAACAGAUAUCCAAAGAAACCAUCCAACAGAACCCGUUCAUCCGCUCUGAAAACAGCUUUAGGAGGGAUAAAAGGGUAAUUGGAGAGAAUGCAGGUAAAAAGGCUGGUAAUAAAUCUGGGAGGGAUCAUAAUAAGGAAACAGAGGUCUGGAGAGGACAAGAUAGAGAGAGUAAAAAUGAAGGAAGAGAGCGAGAAAGAAGCGCCGGGAGAGAAAGCAAGGAGUCGGCUCCAUUCUCUCCGGUUGUGGGUCUGAGAACAAUCCAGGCCAAUAAUAUUAUUAUUAUCGAGAAAGAUAAAAGCGGGAGGGAGAAGGUGGAGAAGGAGGUGGAGGAGGACGAGAAAAGGAUGAGGAUGGAUUUGAGGGAGUUUCUGGCAGGAGGUGGGAGUGUGACGGAGAUUAGAGCUUCGGAAGUGCUGAUCAUCAAACCUCCUGUGACGGAGGGGAAAAGAGAUGGAGAGAGUGGAGGAAAGAUGGAGAGAGGGAGAGGUGAAGAAAGGAUAGAGAGAGGGAGAGGUGAAGAGAUAGGGAUGAGUGAAGAACGAAGGAGAGGUGAAGAAAGUUUAGAGAAAGGGAGAGGUGAAAAGCGAGGGAUAAGUGAAGAGAGAUGGAGAGGUAAAGAGGGAGGGAGAGGUGAAGAGAUAGGGAUAAGUGAAGAACGAAGGAGAGGUGAAGAAAGUUUAGAGAAAGGGAGAGGUGAAAAGCGAGAGAUUAAUGAAGAGGGAUGGAGAGGUAAGGAAAGGGGGAGGGGUGAAGAGUGGAUUAAGAGAGGGAGAGGUGAAGAACAAGGGAGAAGUGAAGAACGAAGGAAAGGUGAAGAAAGUUUAGAGAAAGUGAGAGGUGAAAAACGAGGAAUAAGUGAAGAGAGAUUGAAAGGUCAAGAAAGAUGGAGAGGGGAAGAACAAGGGAUAAGCAAAGAGCGAAAAAGAGGUGAAGAGUGGAUAGAGAAAGGGAGAGGUGAAGAUAGAGGGAUAAGUGAUGAGCUAAAGAGAAGUGAAGAACAAGGGAUAAGUGAACAGCAAAGAAGUAAAGAGCGAGGCAUAAUUGAAAAACGAAGAAGAAGUGAAGAGCAAGGGAUAAGAGAAGAGCAACAGAGAGGUAAAGAGCAGGGGAUAAGGGAAGAUCAAAGAAGAAGUAAAGAACGAGGGAUAAGUGAAGAGCGAAGAAAAGAUAAAGAGCGAGGAAUAAGUGAGGAACGAGGGAUAAGUGAAGAUCGAAGAAGACAUAAUGAGCGAGGCAUAAGUAAAGAACGAGGGGUAAGUCAAGAACGAAGUAGGGAUCAAGAGCGAGGAACAAGUGUAGAGCGAGGGAGACAUGAAGACUGGAUAGAAAAAGGGAGAGAACAAGGGAUAAGUAAAGAACGAGGGAUAAGUGAGAAGCCUUCAGAGAAAGAGGGAAUAUGGAGCUCUAUGCAGAGAGUGCUUGGCCACAGAGCUCCGGGCUGCAGUGGACAGGUCAGUGUGCCUGCACGGGUCAGUGGGCGGGUCAGUCAGUUACUCAGUAAAUUUGGGGAAAACCCCAAACCUCCACUGAGAUCCAAGAGCACAGAAUCCCUCAACCAGCCAGACAAGACCAGGGUCAGAUACAGUACAGGAGACCUUUCAGCGCAGGACGUCCCAAACCUGGAGGAGCCAGAAAACAGUUCAGCACUCAGAGGAGUCCCGAAGAGAUCCUUCAGCUUCUCAGACCGCGUGAUUCGACAACAGGAGAACCGAGAUUUUAAGGUUGUGGAGAGAACAUACUCUGACCGCAGAGUCAAAACUCAGGACCAAUCAGAGAGACAAUCAAGGAGAUAUAAAGAUGAUGAGGAAAACAGGCAAACAGAAAAUAGGGAUGUUUGUGGAAAGACAGAAGAUGAAGAGGAAGGCUUCACUGUGGCCUCCAUCGUCAAAAAUCCAGAGGAGGUCGCAUUUGCAAGACGAAUUCCUAACAAACAUGAAGAGAGAGAUUGCGGAGAGAACAGAGAAGAGAAUGAGGCUAAAAUAGAUAAAGAGAUGCAUAGAGAUAAAAGGCAGGAGGAAAAACUGAGUCUCACAGAAUUCCAGAAUGAUUCCGAAAGAAGACUGUAUCAGGACCAAGCAACACUUCCAGAUUCAAGACAAUCCCACGGUAUCUACAUCCCACCCUCAGAUGACAGUACAACAGAUAUCUCUGCAGACAUUCAGUGCCAAUGUAGUGUCAACACUGCAAACACUAGUUGUCCAGCUACAACCUAUUCCGGACAACAACAAGCAGUCCUUACUCAGCACACAGAAGAUCUGUUGUGCAAAUUAGGCAAAAUCCAAUCAGACAUAGAGUUUAAAAGUCCAACGCAUGCAUGUUCCUCUGGGGACUCAGAAAUGAUCUCUGAUGAACUGAGUUUCCAAGAGCAUCAAGACUAUGAAAACUUUCCAAAGCAAGAGUCAUGUUAUCCCACACAACUCCCAACCACACUAUCCCAGAGCAAACUCUGCACGCAAGAAGGCAUCACAAUUCCCAGAACAGUGUUUUAUGGAGUUGACAUAUCAGCGAAAAUAAGAAGAUCAAGUCUGCCUGCUAGACAAGAGGGUGGACAAACAGAAAGGAGAGGAAGCUGGAAAACAGGUCGACCUUUGACCCGAGUGGAGUCUCUGAAAGAAAAAAUUCGCCAGCAGGAAAAGGAAACACAGAGAAGUAGACAUGAUGGAACUGAAGCAACUACAAGCGAGCUGGAAGAAACCACAGUGCAGACUCUCAGACCGCUUGACGUCACACAGGAAGUUAGCAUGGCAAAGUCAAGCCCUCAACUUCCUGUUCCUGAUUCUCUAUCGCUCUUGCAGUCACCAGAAAGAGAAGUAGUUGAGAUCACAUCCAAAAGUGAUAUCUGCGGAACCAAGAAAAGAGCUUGCAAUGCUCCCAGAACACAGGACUUUGACGGAGAAGACGACAGAAUUGAAAGAGAGGAAGAGUUGUUAGAGGAAGAGUAUUUUCCUCCUUCUCUUUCUCCCUCUCCUACUCUUUCAGAGUCUUUGGACACCAUGAGUCGGAUUUAUAACCUUAAGACUGUGGGGUCUAGAACAACAGUGUGUAUCGGCGAAAGAACAGCUGAUGUGUCUCCACAUGGUGGACUUCAAGGUAAAUACAACCCUAUAAGACAAGCACCCUCUCCGGAUGUCCUUCCAGAAAAGGCCAAAGUGUGGAAUCAUGGGAAAUCUGAGACCGUGGAGUCGACAGGUGUUCAGAUGGUUCAGCAUCAGGUGGAGAGACUACAGCUACAGAGGGAACCGGAAGAAGCAUGUGGUUUCCCCAAAGACAGAAAAUCAAGUCGCACCAUUGUAGAACCGGAGGUGAAAAUCGCAGAAGGUCAGAAGAGGCCUGAUAUCUUAAGAGAGACUCAGAUUUCCACUCCCAGAUUUCAACCCCAACAAAAGGUCAGAUCAUUCACGAUCAAUGCCCAGAACUCUGCGAAACCUCCAGAACAAAUCUCUCCAUCAUCGUCAGCGGGAUCGCCCUCCUCGUCAACUCCGUCUCCUCCUCUGUUCUCCAUUAGAAGCGCUUCAGGCGGGCCGAGUAAGAGAGGAACGACCAUCACUAUAACCCCACGGAGACCUGCUGGAUCAUCCUCGCCUGGGAGUGCACCGACAGUGACCUCCCCCACAGCACCCAAAACAGCCCCCCAGACCCAAACACCCACACCUGCCCCCAUCAGCACCCGGGAGACAGGGAAAAAGAGGUAUCCCACCGCAGAGGAGAUCCAGGUGAUCGGAGGAUAUCAGAAUCUGGAGCGCUCCUGCUUGGUGAAGAGUAGAGGGACACCCAAAUCGGUGAAGGUGUGUUUCGAUGAGGCUGAGCUGGAGAGAGUGUGUGAAUAUCCCUCCGAGGAUUGUGUUCUGGCCUCUCUUCCAUGUUUUCCUCAGUCUGGACCAGAGGACGGAGAUCGAGACGAACAGGAGGAGGAUGAUGAAGAUGAGGAAAGCAGCGGCACGCUCACAAAUCCAUCAGACAUCAAUGUGUGCACAGGCAGGACUCGAUUCCUGAAAGUUGAUGAAUCCUGCAAACGGCUCUCUAAAUGACAAACCAUGGCAUUCUUUAGAUUAAAUUUUUUACGUUUCAAGAAGGUUUAGGUGAUGUUAAACUUUUAAUAAACUGGUUUUAAAUUUUUUAUGUAGCUUUUCAUGUCUUGUCGGAGAAUCAAAACGAGCACAAUGUUUGAUAUUUCUGAAGUUAUUGCUUUAUGUUCAGCGAAGCAGAAAAUAAACUGUUAUUUUACACGCUGUGUAGUAUCUGGAAAUGAGAUCCGCUUUGGUAUGAUGGUUUGCACAAUUUAUUGAGUUUUGCAAUUAAAACAUUUCUGAUCUUUGUUUAUUAAAAAAAAAAACUGGAAUAGAUUUUUUCAUUUAUUGUAUUUUUCUGCACCACAUUUAGGAAGAUUUAUUUUUAUUUAUAAAUGAAAAUUCUCUAAUUGAUUCAUGUUUAGAGUAACUCUCGUAGCAUGUUUAAAUAUGAUGAUGAUCAAUAAACAAUAGAUUAUACAUUAUAUUGAUAUAUAUGACAGUUUUUAUCACCAGAUUGUAAAAUAAAUAUAAUUAUAGAGUUUAUGUGAGAGUGUCUAUAUGGAUAUGCAAUGGGUUAUAUUUGGAUUUUUAUAAUGCGAUCAAAUGAAAGUCCAUUUUUGUACAUUGUACUUGAUUUUGUCUAUUUUACCUUUUCAACGAAAUGAAGAAGCACUUUUAAAAUGACAAUAAA